CAAGACCAGGAGAUAGGUGGGCAGAGAGGGUAAUGACGGUUUAUGAAUGUGAGUUUAUUCUGUCAGUCAGUGCAGAAGAAUAGAGUGAGAGGAAGAGAUAGGGAGGUAAAGAGCGAGGGAAGGUUUACAGAGGACAGAUUAGAACUGUCAUAGACUUAUAUUUACAUUUUGCAUUUACAUUUUAGUCAUUUAGCAGACGCUCUUAUCCAGAUCUAUACAUCCACAACAUAUGAGGUUCAGCCAUGGAACACAUGUGGCUGAUCUCGGUGAGUCAGUGUGUGGUAUCUGUGUCGGUGAUCGUGGUGAGUGUGAGGAUGUCUAUGGGUGGUGGUGGGAUGGAGGAGGAUGGAGGAGGACAGGGUGGAGGUGGUCAUACCCGGAGCGGGAGUGUUUCUGCCUGCCUGAAGUUGUGUCUAGGCUGGGUGGGGGCAGUGGGGGGUGCGGUAGGGGUGCCUGUCUCUGUGCUGCUGAACCUGAGGAGUCCCCAGUGCCUGUACACCUGCAUCACCCUGGUGUGCUGUCCUCUGCUGGUCAGGCAGUUCACUGUCUGCCUGCUGCUGCUCAUGACCCUCAACUCCCACCUGAAGCACCGCAUGGGGAGCAGCUACAGUUUGCUGGUGACACGUCGGCGGGCCCUGUGUGUGGUCCUGCUGUGCUGGGUGGCCUCUGUCCUCUCUUCCUUUGCCCAGUUCAUCGGCUGGAACGUCCUGGACACCUGGGGAGGGGAAGAGGGAUGGCUGGAUGGGCUGGGGCUGGACGGCAUCCCCCCAGGCAACUGGACUUCCCCUCCUCCCCGUCCGAUGCCUCCCAAGUACAACCAGGACCGCUCUGUGAUCGGGAAGUACCUCCCUUACGGCGGCUUCCUGUCCAAGUUCUACGUGGAGGAUCUCCAUAACUUCACCUAUGCCGAGAUCCAUGGGAGCCACUGGGGGGUGUGUGCCCCCGACACCGUCCUCAGCCCCCAGUUCCUGGUCUAUGUCUAUGGGGUGACCGUCUUCCUGCUCCCCCUAAUGGGCCUGCUGGCCAUUUACCUAGAUCUGGUCUGUGUGAUGCCCAGACAGGACCCUAAUGGUCCAGGCUCCGGCCCCCCAAAACGCUGCUCUCCCCUUGCCCGCUCCCUAGGCCUCUCCCUCUGCCUCCUUAUCCUCCUGUGUCUGCCCCUUCACAUCACCCACUCCCUCCUGCUUUUCUCCCCAGGCACACUGCCCUCGACCUGGGCUUUCCCGCUGGUCUCGCUCCUGUCGCAGCUCUACGGUCUGGUGCCCCCUCUCCUCUUCACCAUUCCCAUACAACGGGUGGGGGCCGAACAGGCACCCCUACCUCUGCCCCACCUGGCCCCCACAGGGGGUAAGACGGUGGGCAGAGCCCUGUGUUCAGCUGUGCAGGGGGCAUCCUGCUCACUCAAAGGGAGGCUGUGCCCAGAUGUGUGUGUGUAACAUGGAACAGGAAAACAGGGAAGGUGUGUGUGUUCACACGUUGUUACAAUACCAGCAUUCCCAUCUCAUAUGUUCUAAUUCACUCUCUUAGGCUCUGUUUACACACAUGUCUAAUAUGGUAAUACAUCGAAAUUGCUGAACAUCCAAUUUCCCUGGAAGUUUGUCCACAAACAUAAGUUCCAAUCAUUGUGUGUAAAUAGCGCCAUGUAUCAUUGUGUGAUUCACAAGGAGCUUCUUUGUGUAGGUUUCCCCAUAUAUAUUCAUCAACCUGUCAGUAGCACAUACUAGACUUUAAUUUGUUUUUCACACACUGUGCUGUUUAAUUAUUGAGUCUCAUAUCAAAUAAGGUCACUAACCAGGCUUACAUCCAACCUUUUUAUGCUGUGUAAAGUACAUUUCAGAUAAAAAAGGUCAAGACAAGACUGAUGGAAACAUCUAAUUUGUCAGUAGACGUUCCAAAUGUCAGCCAAACAAAAUACGCUAGACAAGCUGGGAUCUUUUUGUGUCGGUAAAAUUCAUUAUGUGAGAAAAAGCGGAGGAAACGCCUUUACGCGCAAAUAUGUAUAUAUUAACCGUCAUACCGAAGUAAACUUAGAGUCACACGAUGACAUGGUGUGUGGUCUUUCCACUACGACACGGGAUACCAUGUAGUUUAUUAGGCUACAGACUUAGUCAACUUUACAGGGUGGUGAAAAUGCAAGGAGAUGAACUCCAUGCUCCUUUACAAUAAAUAUCGAGGGUCUCUUGAGCGCAAGUGCCAAGACCAGAGUGGGAAUAUUUGCUAUAUAACGCAAACAUUUUUGUGACUAAACCAUCAGUAGAGUUGAAAAUGAUAUUCUAUUUUUUAUUCAGUACAUGGGAAUUUAACUGCAAAAGUUAUUUUUAUGUGUACUACAUCAUCGUGCACAGUUUUUUUUAUCAGCAACGAGAACAUUUGUUGGAAACACAUCUCUGGUGGGAAAAUUGUUUUAAUGAGGACUUCAGAAUAUUCACACGAAAAUCUGUCGGCAAUUGGGUGGAAACCUAGCUUCUGAGAGAGUAAAUAUCACGCGCUGACUUCUUCUAAUCUCACACUGAUCCUGAACUAAGCCUGGGACUAGAUCAGGAUAUGUCUGCAUUGUAACAUGCCUCAUGCUGCUACUGCUGCGGAUGCUAUAGAUCUAGCUGCUGCUGCUGUGGAUGCUAUAGAUCUAGCUGCUGCUGCUGCGGAUGUUAUAGAUCUAGCUGC